AUGGAGUGGGCCGAGAUGGACAUCGGAGCGCUCUUGGGCGACCUCGAAGACGAGGAAGAUCAUACGGACCAGCACUGGAAGAGAAGCGCCAACGAUCAGCCCACCGCCACCAGCGCCGGCCAUCAGGACAACCACAACAAACAAUAUCAGGCGACAGAGCCGAGGAGACCAGGAACCACUCUUUCCUCUCGUUUGCAGGGCGAGGAGAUCCAGUCUGGCGAAGAGUUUCAUCCGGAUUCGCCGUCGUACGAGCCACCUCAGCCUGAGCGUCAGAGCUUCACGUUUGGUCCACAACAACCAUCAUACCAGCGGGGGGGUCCACCAGGCCGGCCGGCGAUCCCGGCCGGUCACGCACGAGAGGACAGGCCAACCGAGCGCCGGUCAUGGGCUCGCGGCCCAGAGAAUCAGCGCAACGACGUGCGACAAGGUUGGGGGAGGUCCUCCGACAAGAGGAGUCACGACAACCGACCCUAUCGGCCCAGAGACACGGACUGUCGUGCAGAAGCCAAGCGUCAUCACUCUCACCAGCACACUCACCAACACACUCACUACGAGCCGCGGCGAAACUGGCACCAAUCAAGAUCAAGAUCAAGUCCGACACGCGACUAUUCUCAAGAGCACGAGCACAACAAGCACAUGGGGACGACGUCAGACGCGGCUCGCGGCAGGAAGCGUUCGAGAGAGAGGACAGACCACUUCACCCGUUCGUCGCACGCGCGGCCAGCCCAUCACCACCACCAGGGAUCCGGCCGUGACAAACGGAGACGGCGGGAGGGCGAGUCGGAGCAGGGGUCAUCAGCACGAGCUGAGCGCCAACCCCACGAUCACGCCCCUGGCGAGCCUUGCGAUGUCCCGGAAGCCGGACACCUGCAGGACGAGGAGAAACGGCGUGCCGAGGACAACGACCGGACGCGGCUCGAUCAGGAGCAGCAGGAGUGGGCGAGAAUACGCGCCAUGACCGACAAGCACCUGUCCAACGGCGAGCAACCGUCCCCGGCGUGUAACAUGGAGAAGCGGACGACUGACGAGCGGCUAAACCUGGCGUGGCACAGGCUGCCAACGCCGUUCGUCUUCGAGCUGGCCGAAGUACCCUACACGGUCCUGGCGUCGGCCAGCGGUGCCGAGAUGAGCACUCUCGUGGAGAAGAACCUCAAGAGGAAGAGGGUCCACCUGCAGCGCGCCAUCGAGCGCCAAGGCAACGACGGAUCCUCGACCGCGGUGGAAUCGUCGUGUGGCAGCCAAGUGGACCAGCUGCAGGUAAUCAACGCCCUGCUUGACUGGUGCUGCGGCGAGCUGUUCCCGUUUCUCGCCGAGGUGGACCGAUGGCCCACGCUGCCGAUGCCAUGGGCAGGGCGUCUCGCAGGUCGCAAUUCGCAAGUCGCAAGUCGCCACAGGUCGCAAUUCGCAAGUCGCUAUGCGCAAUGCGCAAGGCGCCACAGCGCGGCGUCGUGUCGCGUUUGUGUCGGAUGA